AUGGAAGUGAGACAGGGGUCCCACACUCAGGCGCUGGGUGUGAGACAGGGGUCCCACACUCAGGCGCUGGGUGUGAGACAGGUGUCCAUCACUCAGGCGCUGGGUGGAGGAUGGAAUGUGUGUGUGUGUUCCAGACGCAGACAGGCCAAACUGCAGAAGGAACUGGCCGACGCAGCCAAAGAGCCUCUACCUAUCGACCCAGACGAUGACAUCGAGGUUUUGGCGGAGGACGGAGGGAAAGGAGGAGGAGGAGGAGGAGGUGGUGGUGAGACGUCUCCCAACAGAGCACUGAGCAGAACUCCCAGUAAGAAGAACUCCCAGCCUCCUCCGGCCGGUCUGCUGGACUCAAUCUCCAACAUAUUCGGGCGUCGCCCUGGAAACGCUUUCAACACGUCGCCUGAAAACACCGAAGCUCCUUCAGGAGUGUGUGCCGAGGUUCGAGUCCCGUCCACGGCGCUGCACGUCUUCGAUGCCCAUGACGGCGAGGUGAAUGCCGUGCGGUUCAGCCCCGGCUCUCGUCUCCUAGCAACAGGAGGGAUGGACCGGAGGGUUAAGCUGUGGGAGGUCGUGGCUGGUCGCUGUGAGCCGAAAGGAGCUCUGACCGGCAGCAACGCUGGAAUCACCAGCAUCGAGUUCGACAGCGCUGGCUCGUACCUGCUCGCGGCCUCCAAUGACUUCGCCAGUCGGAUCUGGACCGUAGACGACUACAGGCUGAGGCAUACGUUGACAGGUCACAGUGGGAAGGUGCUGUCCGCUCGCUUCCUAUUGGACAACGCUCGAAUCGUCUCCGGGAGCUACGACCGAACGCUCAAACUCUGGGACCUGCGCAGCAAAGUCUGUAUGAAGACAGUGUUUGCCGGCUCCAGCUGUAAUGACAUCGUGUGCACGGAGCAGUGUGUGAUGAGUGGACACUUUGAUAAGAAAGUUCGGUUCUGGGACAUCAGGGCUGAGACCAUAGUCCAGGAGCUGGAGCUGCAGGGCAGGGUGACCUCUCUGGACCUGAACCACGACCGGACCGAACUGCUCAGCUGCUCCAGAGACGACCUGCUCAAGAUCAUAGACCUGAGAACCAACGCUGUGAGACACACCUUCAGUGCUCCAGGCUUUAAGUGUGGCGCUGACUGGACCAGAGUAACUUUCAGUCCUGACGGGAGCUACGUGGCCGGAGGAUCAGCUGACGGAGCUCUCUACAUCUGGAACGUUCUGACGGGGAAAGUGGAACGAACUCUGGAUCGGAACCACAACUCGGCCAUCAACUCGGUGUCCUGGUCUCCGUCAGGAGCCUACGUCGCCAGCGUGGAGAAGGGCAGCAAGGCCGUCCUCUGGUCAGACAUGUGAUUGGCCGAGACCCAAAGAGACAGACGGGUGGAGACAGAGACAAGAGGAGACAGCCAGGCUGAGACGGGUGGAGACAGAGCAGGAUGUUUGUGUGUUGGCUGAGACGGGUGGAGACAGAAGGAGACAGCCAGGCUGAGACGGGUGGAGACAGAACGGAGACGGGUGGAGACAGAGCAGGACGUGUUUGUGUGUUUUGUGGACGAUGAGACAUUUGAUGAACUCGGACAGACAGAGACGAUGCUGUCGCUCAGCUUCAAUCUGACCUUUCUCUUUUAAUUCAGAGAGGAAUCAAACACACCCAGAGUUAAUAAUAAAGGCUUUAUUAACCCUAA